GAACCCUUAGCUCACUAGACUUCGCUGGUGAUUUGUAAUUCGUGUGAAGAAAAGGUGGAGAGAAGAUGCUUGCUGCGCCAUCACAAUAAAUGCCGUACUCUCUCAUCACAAGCUCCCAGACACCGCAACCCAAGGACACAAACUUUUAGAGGAACGGAAGUGGGUCUCUACUACACUUUGCGCCUUUUUAUUUUUAAAGUGCUGAAACUAAAGCACUUAAAUCUAAUUCUGAGGAACAGCAAAUAUAUUUUUCGAAUAUCACCCAGAUAGAGCAGGACUGAAGUAUUUGACGGAGGCAAAACUCUUCUUAUGGCAAAUUACACAGAGAAUGACCCAUGCCACAGCAAGCUGCACAUUGACAAGGGGAACCCGCGCAUUAGCGCGAUCAUGUUCUCCGCGGGAGUGAUAGGGAACUUGGCGGCUUUGAUCCUUCUGGAGAUCCGCCGCAGGAAGGACCAGAGCCGUCAGCGACUGUCGCUUUUUCACGUUCUGGUCACCACGCUGGUCGUCACAGACUUGAUGGGCACCUGUCUGGUCAGCCCUUUCGUCCUGGCAGCCUAUUCCUUCAACACCACCAUUAUUGCUAUGAUUAACACUAAACCGCCUGCAAUGUGUGAGUAUUUUGGAUUCUGUAUGACUUUUUUCAGCUUGGCCACUUUAUUUCUCCUCUUCGCCAUGGCGCUCGAGCGAUGCCUCUCAAUUGGCUAUCCCUACUUCUACGGGCGGCACAUCACUAAACGUUGUGGAUAUAUCACCAUUCCUUUCAUCUAUUUAGUUUGCGCGGUGUUUUGCAUUAUGCCCUUCUUGGGUUUCGGGGACUACGUGCAGUAUUGCCCGGGAACGUGGUGCUUCAUUGACAUGAAUCCGUUAAUGCCUGAAGACCGUGUUUACCCAGUACUGUACGCAACUGUUAUGCUCAUUUUAGUCCUUUCUGUAGCGGCCUGCAACGCCUUUGUCGUUUAUCACCUGGUUUUGAUGUACCGGAGGCGCAAACUAAAUGGGGGAUCCGUGACAACUCGGAGUAAGAAGGACCGGAGAGUCCUCUCCAUGUCCGAAGAGGUCGAGCAUCUCAUCGUACUGGUGUUCAUGACGGUGAUAUUCAUGAUUUGCUCCCUUCCUCUGGUGAUCCGUGUCUACAUAAACUCUGUGGGCCAGCGGAAAGAGAGCCACAACAUGGACCUCAUCGCCCUCCUCUUUCUCUCCACCAACUCCAUCGUGGACCCCUGGGUGUUCAUCUUCCUCAGCCCGUCGGUGCUGCGCUACUUCUGGGGAGCGUUAUGCAAGGUUCCCCUCCUGCGUUCCAGGGAGUCCUUCUUCAAGUCCUCCCUGGGGAAGGACACGCACGCCCAGCUGGAGCUGUGCCAUCCCAGUGCCUCCUCUGAGUUCACCCAGCUCCCCGUGUCCACGCAGAUGGUUUGAACCUCUGAUGUAUUGGACCUGAAUGGGGCCUUGUAUAUUGCCUCCGAAGGGAGUAGCCACUCAGAAUAGAGCUACUGCCCACAUGUCCCGGGGGGGGUGUUGAGCUACUUAGGGGCAACAGCUGGAAAAGCGGCGCAGCAACCUUCACAUUCCUGCGAACGUAGGCUGCUGCUACGUUCUUGUUUUGGAACAAGCUCUGAGAGGCUCAAAUUGGAUGCCUCCGGAGGCCAGCAACAGACGUUUGAUGGACAGUUGGACUCGAACUCCAAGGAGAGUGGGGUUGCAACGCGGGUCACGUUCUUAAAAGCACCACACGUUAUUUGUUUUUACAGCAUGGACUCCCAGACCAGACGCCACUAGAAGGACAGCAACAUAGGAUUCACAACACUCAAGGGACUAAAUCGGAUAAGGACUGUUUAUUCUAUAUGAGUUGAUCAUGUUCCAGAAGCAUGCGUUGUUGGCACCAUGCCCUUUUAGCACACCCUGGACCUCCAAGGGAAGUUUCCAUGAGUUCUUUGUAUUGAGAUGUUCCUUCCACUGUCAUAUGGCAUCCUUGUGGUUUUGGGAAUUGCGCAUCAUGAUCAGGACAUUCAGAGACUUCAUCCAUGUGAUGCAAGCUGGAUUCACACACACACUAUCCCUGCUCCCUGCAGCUAUGACCCGUUGACCUUUUCUCUUUCAUCCGACUGGGCGCUCACCUCGAAAAGCCAAAGGGCAAGAGCUCAAGCAUGACAUUCCUUUUUGACACACUGAUUUUUUUUUCUCCUUUUGUCAGGUGGUGGAGCGGCACAAGAACUUCGAACCAGAUGUUGGUUAUUUGAAGUUGGGUAGCAUGGAAAAUUGUAUGUGGUGAUGUUAUGCUAGAAUCGUGAGAAGAUAAAGGAGUAAGUCCUGUGUACUCUUAUGAGGUUCCUUUGUGUUGAAAUGACAGCCUGAGUAUUUAUUAUGAUGUGUGCUCAGAUCUCAAUGAUGUAUUAGUGCACCUGAUGACAAGGUGCUUAUGAUGAUCAGUGUGCAGUUUUAAAUCUGUCGUUCCCGUGUGUACGUUUGUGUGUGUGUGUCAGUGUCAAAGAGAUGGCACCGAAAAUACAUGAUGUUUACAAGGAAUCCUACCUGUAAUUGUCAUGUACCAAUUAUACCUAUUGUUCAUGUAUUCGCAUUAAUCAGUACUGCAGACGAUCCUGAUUGAGACUGUGACAGGCAUGUGUAUUAAUGUGUGCGUGUGUUAACACUUCUGUAAAUAUGCGCCUGACUCAUCCAUUCGUCAGCCUUUAUCCGUCAAACCCUUUCUGGAGCCCCACCUCCUGUCAUAGGUCCACGUCGGGGAUGACAUCCAGAUGUGUGUGUUAACAAAGUUAGACUCUUAACCACCCCUUUAAAAAGCUAUUACUCUUCCAUAAUCGAAACAAACUGAGGGAUCUGACUAGCUCCACCAAUAGAACAUACACAAGCAAAUCAGAUGCUCAUGUGGCCUUUGGGAGAGCACAUUGAAUUAACAACAUGCAGACCCUUAAAAUGGAUCACUAGUCACGAAUACUAAUGAAAUAAACAGAAUAAUGACAUCAUAAUUACAUAGUGUUGAUUACAUUGCAGCUGGCUCCCCGGGAACAGGCAUGUGAUUUCGAUUACAAAUGUGAUUAAUUCUGUUUUCUCUCUGAAGUCAUGUCAUGUGUAAGUCCUGGGUCAUGUUCAUUAGGCACCAAACAAAACAUAAACGGAGGAACUAGCUGAACCUUUCCAAUAAGAAAGGCUCAAUUUCGGUUUUAGCUGCAAAACAUUUACUGUUGUGUGCCCUAAUGAACAUGACCCAUAGAGCCUUUGAGGUUGGAGAUGCCAUAGCUAAGGUCUGUUAUGGUAAGGCAGCCUAAGGCCCCCUGCCUCGUGGUGGGAGGAUGUUUGGUUUUAUAUGAUCAUGCUCCUGCAAAGGGGAAUGGGAGACCAGAGGCACGAACCUCCUUUUCCAGAGUGCUUUCAUAAAGUACUCACACCCCUUAACUUGUUCCACAUUUUGUUGUGUUACAAAGUGGGAAUAUAAUUUAUUUAAUUGUCCUUUUUGGUCAACGAUCUACACAAAAUACUCUAAUGUCAAAAAACUCCCAGCUCAGAGUAGGUUUUAGGAUGAUGUUAAGACACUGCCCAGAUAAACACUGAGUCAGGAGUAAAAUCAACUCCUGACACAAUCACAUUUCGCACUUAGCUCUUAAUUAUCGCCUAAUAUGUUGGCAUGCGGAACCUUUUUUUUACCAAUUCUGCUAGUUGUUAAAGGUCUCACUUGCCAAUAAUGUUGCAUACAACGUUUGAAAGGUCUAUCAUUUUCAUCGAACGCAUUCAAAGUUAACAUAGGACCUAGACGACUUCAAUUGCCCAAUUUAUAGGCAUGCCCAAUUUAGGCAUAAUUUUUUUUUACACUGUGAUAUUGCACAUAAUUUAGGUAAUUAAAUAAUAGAAAGAAAAACAUUUUAUUUAUUAUCCUAGUGGCUAUAAGUAUUUAGGCAUAUCAUGUGGAAUAGGCCUAGUGAAAUCAUUGUCAAAGGCACAAGAGAUACUGUUGCAUGUAGGUCUUGAUUAUUUAUGGAUUGAUCAUAUAAAAAUAUCAAAACAUUAUUUUAACAACUCCAAAGCAAUUGCAUGUGGCGCAAGAACCACUGACUCGCUGUAUUUUUCUAUUACCAAGACACCUGCUGGUAACUCUUAACGGGUUAGGACAGCUCAUGAGGUGUCCUAAAUAUCUGUCUACUAGGUGUGAUACUUAUGACUGAAGAGGCUUCAUGCAUAGCUUUUGUUUUUACUCAUGAAAGUAGGAGUAAAAUGUCUCUUCUCAGCACUUACGACCAAUUUUCUACUCUGAGACGCUUUGUGGAUACGGGCCCAGGUU